AUGGACGAAUACGCCGAUGCACCAAGAGCCAAGCGGUUGAAAGUGGAAAGUGACCUUGCAAAUGACAAUAUUGACGAAAGCGAUGAUGGAGAGAGUACCGAGUACAAGCUGGCACUGCUGGCCUCUCAAUUUCCAGACAAGAGCACCGAUGUCCUGCUCGAUUAUGUUAUUGCAUACGGAGGAAAUGUGAAGCAGGUAGUACAUGCCAUCAGUGGCGAGAGGGAAAGUGCAAAGAGGAAACGCGUGCAACCAAUAGCUCGGGGCCAUCAGUCUUCCAUUGCCUCCUUCACCGGGACAUCAAAGCAAGAAGACGGGACAUUUCCAGGAGGAGCAAUCGGGUCUCUCACGAAGAAAGGCAAGACUUUGCAUCUGUUCUCUCCCAAAGAUGUCGAAACUCACACCCCAUGCUCGAUCAUUCAUAACUUCCUACCAAGUGAGGCUGCCGAUGCUUUGCUCCGCGAACUCCUCGACGAGUCCUCUCGUUACAACCGCAACGAAUUCCAGAUGUUUGAGCGUACCGUCACUUCUGGUCACACCUGGAAGCUCUAUGUAGACACCGAGGACGAAGUUGUGAGACAACAGAAAGGCUCUGCUUACGACGGCUCGGAUGCGGCCCUCAACGUGAAGCAGACCACGCCUGAACUGCUGAAAGCUUCGUCCAUGGUCAAGGAUGCGGUUAACAAAGAAGUCUCACGACGCACACGAGAUCACCAGCCUGAUGGAAAGAAACUCAAGUUCCAAUCACCGGAUGAAUGGCGGCCAAACGCAGCACUUGUAAACUGCUAUGAUGGACCAAAAGAAGGGAUGGGGUUCCAUACAGAUACACUGACCAACAUAGGCCCGCGACCGAUCAUCGGAAGCUUAUCAUUAGGAGUGGCCCGUCAAUUUCGCGUUCGCCGCAUAGUAUCAAAGGACGACAAACGACUCGCCGAUGAACAAGGCCAGAUCGCAAUCCACCUCCCUCACAACUCCUUACUGGUCAUGCAUGCACAAAUGCAAGAAGAGUGGAAGCAUUGCAUUUUGCCCACGGCCACGAUUGAUCCUCAUCCAAUCGCUGGUGGACGGCGUCUAAAUGUCACUUAUCGCUAUCUAAAAGACUUCAUGGAGCCGCAGUAUACGCCUCGUUGCAAGUGUGGCGUAUCCUGCGUUUUGCGCUGCGUAAUGAAGUCCAGCGCUACGAGGGGAAGGUACAUGUGGCAGUGCUUUGCUGAUCGCAGUCCUGGAGGAACCAGCUGUGGUCAUUUUGUCUGGGCUGAGUUCGAUGAAGAUGGGAGGCCUUCCUGGGCUGAAGGCUACAGGGGCAAUGUCAACGUAGCAAAUAUCGCUGCUGGCCCGGAGGUCAAAUCGCCGGACUGUCGCUGA